CAGCCAGGAGGAUAGUGUCUCUGUCGCUGAUGGUGUUAUUUCCUAUAUCAAUUUUGCCUUCAACCAAACUUGGUUGACACGUACUUCUUCGGCUUGUUCCAAUCUCCCCCCCAGUAUCUUCAAUCUCCACCCUUCAUAACCGUACUGAUAGCUAGUCUUUUAUCGCCCAAUUUAAUUCCUACCCCGAUAGAGUCUUUUCCUUGAAUGUUUACCUAGCUCAAGGCUGGUCAGGGCAUAUUUGCAACCCAAAUAUCUCCUUGGAGAGAAGCAUCGCCCAGGAUGUCCACCUCCGGCUCUGGUUCUCGUGCACCAUCAAUCCAUACUCCUUCUUCCAACCCAUUUUCUACCCCAUUACGAUCAAGUCGGGUUCCCAGCGAGGAUGAACGACGAGUCUCAUACUUCCCGUCCACAGCCAUCCAGGGUCAUGCACCCAGGCAACGAAAGUUCAAGUCUGCUCGGUUUACUGGAGAGUACGAAAAACCAUGGCUCGACGAGCCGAACCCGCGGAGGAAGUGGGAGCGUCUCAUUCUCUGGGGCAGCGUGGUGAUUGGGUUUGCCAUUGGCGGUUUUAUAUGCUACAUGGCAUACGCUUCGGUCUCGAACUUCGAGUACUGUCUUGUGAUGGAUGAUAACUUCGAGUCCAUCAACUCUGAUCAUUGGGGAUAUGAGAUUCAGCGGGGAGGUUUUGGCACCGGGGGCUUCGACUGGACUACGGACGACCCCAAAAACGCAUAUACCGACAGUGAAGGACUUCAUAUCGUUCCCACUUUGACUAUCGAAACCACCAAUAUCGACCUUGGCCAACUUACCGAUAAUUACGUCCUCAACCUUACUACCGAUGGCACAUGUACGGAAAAUGGCAUCGAUGAAUGCUCUAUCCGAAGCAACAUCACCUCAGGAGACAUCAUCAACCCCGUCCGAAGCGCGCGGCUGACCACUAAAGGAAAGAAGUCCAUCAAAUACGGCCGAGUCGAGGUCAUUGCAAAAAUGCCAAAAGGCAGCUGGCUAUGGCCUGCCAUCUGGAUGAUGCCUGAGAACGACGUCUAUGGUAUAUGGCCGCGCAGCGGUGAAAUCGACAUUGCCGAGAGCAGAGGUAACCAUGGAGACGACUACCCUGAUGGUCGCGACAGCGUGAUCAGCGCCUUGCAUUGGGGACCGCUCCCAGAAGUCGAUGGUUUCUGGAAAACCAGUGGAAAACACAAUGUCCGGCGGACAGAUUACUCAGAACAAUUCCACACCUUCGGUCUGGAAUGGAAUGAGAACUACCUCUUCACCUACAUCGACAGCCGUCUUCUCCAAACCUUCUUCAUUAAAUUCAACCACGGCCCCAAAUCCAUGUGGGACCGUGGCAAUUUCGGGGAGACCAUCGUCAACCACUCCGCCCUCUUCGACCCGUGGUCCCAAACUGACCGUGCCAAUACUCCCUUCGACACCCCCUUCUACCUGAUCCUCAACGUCGCGGUGGGUGGCACCAACGGGUACUGGAAGGACGGCGUCGGCAACAAGCCGUGGGGUGACGCCUCCAUCGACGCGCCGCGCCAGUUCUGGGAGUCGCAGGGCCAGUGGUAUCCAACAUGGGGCGAGGGGGCGAAGCGAGGGUUGACGGUUAAAAGCGUGAAGAUGUGGUCGGAGGGAGCGUGUGGGAGCUAGAUGCGUGCUGGUAGGCGAGGUGCGGUGGAAGCCGUCACUGAUGCAGGCGGCUAGUGACGAGCCGUCAUCUUGGGUCGUGGGUAGGCAUUGGACUAUUCCAUGCAUGGCAGCUCGUUCUAGGAGGUACAGAAGCGCGUACAUGUUUUUCGCUCAGC